UAUAUGUCAAGUAAUAGAAAUAAAUUUAAAGUUAUUUAUUGUUUUCAUUUUUCAUACGAAGAUCAUGCUGAAAUUUUGGUAGUUUAUUCGUUAGAACCAUGAGAUAUAGGUCAUACAGAUCGCAUCAUCGAAAAUAAUAAUGGAAAACACAAUCAAAUCUUGGGUGAACAAAGGCGAAUGUACUAUUUGCGGCAUCGUUUCCAAUCAUCUGCCUCUAUAUAACUGUCCAGAAAAUCACAAGAUUUGCGGUUACUGCUAUAAUGAACUGAAAUACGUACUAAAAGAACAUGAAGCUCAAGUUAUGUGUAAAGAGUGCGAAAAUAAUGGUAAAAUGACUCACUAUGAGCUCGAUCUCAGCACUUUUAACAAAAUGAAAAACCUGCCUAACUACCAAAAUUUACCACCAGACGAGGAAGAUCAUAUGUUUAAGCUUUUAAUUGGAAUGACUAAAGAAGCGUUUUACAGUACUCAGGAAGCGUUGAACAAAGAACAAGACAAACAAAGAAACGAUUUUGUUAAGUCAAGAACCUGUUUCUCCAUCUCAAAGCGCCCUCUUAAGUGUCUUCACCGGCGAUGCCACCAGGCAGUAGCACUAGCGCAAUUCGUCAAUCAUUUUAAACUAGAACACAAAGACGUCGAAAUAUGUUCAGCUCAAAAAAGUAAAGAAAUCUUAUUUCCUUUUAAUGUCUCCAAGAUAGAAAACGGUCGACACGUCUGUAUAUCCAUGCUGACCGUCUACGAAGUAAAUCAAAUUGAUUUGCGCACCGCCAGUUCCGAAAGUAUCGCCAAGACUUGCCACAGAUUUUGCCAGAAGAUACCUGUCGAUACGUUCUGGCUUAUGGUGACUGGUUCCAUAGAAACAAAGACCAGCGCGGCGUACUGCGUCUUUUGGUUGUUUACCAACUCGGAUAACAGCCACAGAUGUACUUUGGAACUGGGAUCUGCGCGCGAUUCCAUUUCUUUAUCGACGUACUGCGCGGUGUCCUCUGCCUGGGACACGUACGACUUUUCGACAGUUCUCAAAGAACUGCGCUGUCUCAUCGUUACCAAACAAGCGAUAAAGUCCAUGUUGAAAGAGGGAGUCGUUUUAAAUUUAAGAGUAAAUGUGCAUUGAUACUUGGUAUAAUAAAUACG